AUGUCCCCGGCUCCGCGAAAGAAGCAAAAGACGGGGGUGAACGACUACAAUGGAUGGGCUGUUCCCGCUGGCGAUGUGCAAGUUCCCACGCUCGAUGCAGAUGAUACUACCCCCAAACAGUUUUUCGACCUAUACAUCAGCUCGAGAAAGCCGGUGAAACUCACGAGUCGAGAAGGGUUGGUCCCGCUAACAAAGUUCAAACUUGACCGUCUCUAUGAGACUUUACAGUAUGGAGACGAGGAAGAUGAGUUGCAAGUCGAGCGAUUGCACAGUGGUGGGUUCGGCUCGGGACAGAAGCGGGUCAAGAUGAAGUUGAGCGAGUUGAUGGACAAGUUGAAACUGGGCGAUGGCGAUUACUAUUUGACAACGCAGUAUAAAGAGAGUGGUGACCUCGAGGUGGAUCCCGUGGAGCAACCAGACGAGGAAGACGAAGAAGACGAGGAAGAGGAAGAAGAACAAGAGGUGGACCAUUUUGCGGAGACUUUAUCAUUCGAUAUCAACAAUCUUCGGGAUGACUUUGAUGAGGGGGAAGAUGAAGAAGGGGGUGACACGAUUGCGAUGGACCAGGACGAGGCGGUUGAACGAGUAUCGGAACUCUACCAACGACCCUUGUCUAAUCUUGCCCAGUCUGACAUACUACCGCUUCACCCAAAGAUAGUUCCAACAUUGAUCCCACAGCAGAUCAAUCUAUGGAUGGGCAAGACUCAAAAGUCAGGCAACUACAAAGUAGAUUUGACAACCCCAUUGACUGACCUAGACAAACAGAUACCGUCAAAUGGCUCUAGUUCAGGUCUACACCACGACCAUGCCGAUAACUUGUACAUAUUGGUGCAAGGACGGAAACGAUUUACAAUCUUUAGUCCCGCGGAUGCAAAGAAAUUGUACACUUGGGGCAACAUUGCGAGAGUCUAUGGCAACGGCGUCAUUGACUACAAGAGAGAUGCAAAUGCACCGGAGUGGAUGAGUAUUAGAGACGACGGCGCAAUUGAAGAAGACGUCUUGCGCUGGCAACAGGGACACAAUGGUGAUGGACAAGACGAGUUGCUGGUGGAGAACACCAGAGUGGAUCUGACACACCUGCUCGAUGGAGAAUCGCUCGAUCCGCCUAGUUUUUCCAAAAUCCCGCCCGCGCUACUCCAUCUUGACGAAAUGGAUGAAGCCACCAGACAACACGUGGAGGCAUUUGCCCUGGAGCACUUUCCUGGUGUACUACAGUUGAACAAGAUGACCGUUUGGCUAGAACAAGGCGAGAUGCUAUACCUACCUGCCGGCUGGUUCCACGAGGUUUCGAGCUUUGGCGUGGAGGAUAACCACGCUGCCGGGGCAGAUGUACAUAUUGCGCUAAACUAUUGGUUUAUUCCUCCAAACAAAAACGAGUUUGAGGAUCCGUAUAGAGACGACUAUUGGCGAGAAGAUUGGCAAGUCACCCUACAAGCGCUCGGGUUAUUGAAAAGUGGCGGCGACGAGCACGAAGAUGCCAAGGAUUGA